CGCAGUGUUUGUACACUGACAGGUACAACGUGCUGCCCGGAGGAAAAUGAAAUAAACCUGAGGAUCAGAGCCGCACAGACACAGCGGGGUGCAGCGGCAAGUCUGAUGGAUCUCGCUCCUUCAUAGUGCGCGGUUGCCAUGGAGCCGGCUAGCCUGGAGAAUCUGCACGUGCUGUACCAGAGCACCCACUUCAUCGUGGUCAACAAGCACUGGGACAUCCGCAUCGACAGCAAGAUGUGGUACGAGAAGCAGACGGUGCAGAGCCAGCUGCGGCACCGCUUCCCGGAGCUGGCCGACCCCGGCACUUACUACGGCUUCAGGUUCUGCCACCAGCUGGACUUCUCCACCAGUGGCGCGCUGUGCGUGGCACUGAACAAAGCGGCGGCGGGCCGGGCCUACCGCUGCUUCAAGGACCGCCUUGUGACCAAGGCCUACUUGGCGCUGUUACGGGGCUCGGUGGAGAAGCUGAAGACGACCUUGGAUUUUGCCAUUGGAAAGAACACCUCCCAGGGAAAAACCCACAUGAUGUGCAUUGAAGGCACCGAGGGGUGCGAGAACCCAAAGCCCUGCCAAACGGAGCUCACCGUCCUGGAAUACGGGUUGUACGACGGAGACCCAGUCACCAAAGUCCUUUUGCAACCAUUAACAGGCCGCACUCACCAGCUGAGAGUCCAUUGCAGCGCCAUUGGCCAUCCCAUUGUGGGCGACUUUACCUACAGCCUCCGAACAGAUGGCGCCCCCUACCGCAUGAUGCUGCACGCCUACCUGCUGCGCAUUCCACUGGAGGAUGAGCCCAUUUGCGUCACAGCCCCUGACCCCUUUCUGCCCUCUGUGGACCCAAAGUGGGUUUCACAGUGCUUGCUUCAGCCACUGGAGGGCGCUCUGGAUGGCUUGCUAGGUUGUGGACUGGCUCCAGGCAGUCAGGGGCUGGAGUCUCAGAGCACGGGGGAGGAAGAGGAGACGAACAGUAAAGUGUCGAUGGAGACCGAGGAGCAGAGGGCCCAGUGCCAGCAGUGGCUGUGUGAGUGGGCGCUGCACUGAGAGACAUGGAGGUCUCUCACACACAUGCGCACACACACACACACACACAACCACUGUGAUUUCUGACAGCACCGGUGGGAAGCUGUCAGCAAGGUAUUAUGCUGGCUUCUUUGGCAUCAUACUGUAACUACAACCGAAUACCAGGGUAUUUCGUGUACAAAGAGGGGAUCAAGUUUGGUUAAUGAUAGAAAAUGUAUUUUUUUAUAUUUUCAGUUUUAGCUUGAAGAGGCAGCUGGGCUACAGUGAGCUUUUUUUAAGAGUCACUCCCUUCCUGUACGGGAGGGCUUUGUAGUUUGUAUUCAGGGUUCUGGGAGGAGUGGACCUGGACAGCGGUACGUUUGGGUGGACGUACCCUGUUCUGCAGAAAGGCAGCUUUUUCCACCGGCCCACUGAUCUCUCACAUCUCUGUCUUGCAUUUGGCCUUUAACAGAAAAGUUUUUACCGGCAUUCUUUCCUUAACUGCUCUGCAUUAUUUCAUGACGAGACCAAAGCUGACAACCGAGUCUCUCUUAGAGCAUUCGUGCUCGACUGUCAUGCAGGAAGCAGAGAAGAGCAUUAACAUCAUUAAACAUGUAUUACAUGUGAGCGGAGUGGAGCCUCACCUGUUUGGUUCGGUGUCUAAACACUUUCACUCAUAAGCAGCAGCAUGCAGACGUGUGUUUGUACAUUAUCCAAUGCAUGAUUUACUGCACUAUUCCUACAAAACGGGUGUAUUCUGCUGCCCACAACACUCCUAAAUGUGAAACUUUGUCAAGUUUUUUUAAUUGAUUUAUACGUGAUGUGACUCACCGUUGUAUUUAUAUAGUUAAAUCUGUAUUUUAAAUUUUAAAAUUAAUAAAGCUCAGUUG